AUGGGCGCACCCGACUGGAUGUCAACUACCAACGGUGCGGGUGGCGCGAAAUCUUCGGUGAAGGACUACGUCCAGAGCGGCCACGAGCCUCUGGCCCCUACCAGGAAGAAGAAGAAGAAGAAAUUUCCGUCGCACGAAGAAGAGGAUAGCAACGAGCAAACGAAUGGCGACACCAUCGAUGCACUCUUCUGCGGCCCUGACGCUGACCCAUCCGCACUGCGCGUGAGCGAGCACACCAACGGCUAUGGGGAUGACGAUGAAGAAGAAGACAAGGCGUCCACCGCCGACGGCCACACUAACGGAGGCCCCGUCGACCUGCGCAGACUCCGUGGUCAAGUAUCCGCUUCCAGGUUCAACAACGUCGACGACUCCAUGCCCAUCUCCAUAAAACAGCUCAUCAACAACACCAGCCCCAUCCCCCGCGAGCCCGAAGACCCGAACCACAUCGCCAUCGCCACCUGGUUCUCCGAACAAACCGGCCACCAGUACCAAGUCAGCCCGCGCCACCGCGAGAAAAUCAUCGAGCACCUCCUCAACCACAAAUACCCCGGCACCACGCCCGACUGGCUCGCCGCGACCCGUCAAGUCUUCUGGCGCGCCGUCAUCCGUGCGAGCUACUUCUGGGUGAACCCCGACACCAAGACGGAAGCGGGGAAGCCGACACCGAUCCAUCGUCCCGACGGGCUGUACGAGAACGACUUUAAGACAUUCGUCCUGUGCUGCGCCGAGCGGGCCGACAGGGUGGGCAGGGACUUGCCGUCGCCGGAGUAUGUGAAGUGGGUUGAAGAUCAGGUGCGGGAUUUCCUGGGCAAGGCGGAGAAGAUAUUCAAGAAGGAGUUGGAGCAUUUGGCGUUUCUACUGAUGUGGGAUGAGGAGCACAAGCGGAUUUUGAAGGAGGGGGAGAUGGUGGAGAGGGUGAUGAGGGUUUUUGGGAGGCUGAAGUUCAAUUGGAGAGGGUGCCAGAUGUUUGCGCCGAGGGAGGUCCAGAGGGCGAGGGGUGGGCAUAGGAAGGUGGAGGUCGGGGUUGAUUAUGCGGAGAAGGUGUGGGAGGAUGCUAUGGCGGCGUUGUGA